GUCGUAGAGAGUGCUUUGAGAGAUGUGAAUUUAUCUAGUGGUAAAGAAACUGUUUUAAAACCAGAGCAAGAAUCAGCAGUAAAGGCUCUUUUAGCCGACAGAGAUGUUCUGGCGGUUUUGCGGACCGGAUACGGCAAGAGUUUAAUUUACUAGCCUGCGUGGCAGGCGUUUGAAAGGGAAGGGAAAGGGAGUUUUGGGCGGGAGAGAAACGCGAGGGGCGCGCGAGGAGGGAGGGAGGGAAACGCCUGCCAGGAGACCAUUGUGUUUCUCGUUUUUAACAUCCACCAGGCGAAUGUUAAAAUCCUGAUUGGUCUGUCUUCAAAACAUGUCAAUCACAGCCUUAAUACCUUAAUCCGAUUGGCUGAAAUCAACAUCACGCUACUGAGUAACUUAAUCGAUCUUUCAGUAAUCAUUUAAAAAUAUGUUGUUAGUGAGGCGUGAUGAGAUUUCUGUAUGGAAUUCAUCGUUUUAGAACGAUUAGAAACUGAAGGCAUCUAUUUCAGCUUGAAAGGAGAAUAGAAGAAAGCAGUUAAAAGACUCGUAUGAAGGAAAAGACCUGUCAGCUAGAUGAGUUUUGCUGACUGGUUUUGAGAAGUCUUGUCUCCCAACGGCUUGUUUUACUCACUAGAAGAAAGAAAGAAAGAAAAAAUGCUGCCUGUGUGCUUGUUAUCUGCUCUUUGACCUCAAACGCCUACCACGCAGGCUACGCUUUACCAACGACCAGAUUGUUGAGGACGAAGCGAUCUAUAAUCGUUAGCGAUUUUCAGUUUGAGGACUUCUUCUUGCUGGUUAUAGACGUUAUAAAGCCGCCAGCCUUAUUGUAGAUCUUUGAAGUUCAGCGCUUUUACCAGUGUUCUUUUGUAUGCUCCGCUGGAUCCAGUUCGAGAGUCAAAGUGGUUGUAAUUUUAAUUACAACCACUUUGUUUGUCGGAGAAAUUAAACUUUCUCCGACAAACAUUGCAUGCAAGUUGGGAAGUCCAACUCGAUACCUUCAGCAAAAACGUAAUAGAUUUAUGCUGUAUUUUAUAUAACAAGCCACGCAUGGUUGCGACUUUUCUUCCUUCAACGGACGACCGCAUUAAUUUUAUACUUUUUUUAAUAGUACCUUUACUUCAGAUUUCUUGUUUUAGGAAAACAAAAGAAAAACAGUACGCGAAAUACGACUUAAAUAAGCGCAUCGCGGCCAGACUUAUUUCACAGCAAGUCAUUCACAGUUGCAUUAUUUUUGCAUACAUAAGUAGUAGGCGGGAUGGCGAAAACAAUGGUUUCCUGGCAGGCGUUUCCCUCCCUCCCUCCUCGCGCGCCCCUCGCACUUCUUUCGCACCUAAAACUCCCUUUCCCUUCCCUUUCAAACGCCUGCCACGCAGGCUAUUAAUUUACCAAAUGUUUGUACGCGCGAAGAACUACGAGCUAAAUGGUAAUGCCGCGAUUCUCGUCAUUUCGCCACUGAAAAGUAUUAUCGAAGACCAGUUGCAGGAGAUGGAAUUGUUGGGCUACCCAGCGAAAGAUUUAGCCAAUUUAUCGAACGAUGACAUUCGCCGAUGUAACUUAGCAAUAAAAGAGGGUGGUUUUACCUUAUGCCAAAAUGCUGCUUAUUCCAAUAAAGUUGUCUUUAUCUGCUGGGUAGAUUAUGCUCUGGAAGGUUCUGCAUUUAUACUGAGAAAAUGUUAUUUUAGCCGCAUGUUUCACACUGAGAGGUCAUGA